GCCCAUUAAAACCUUUAUUAUUAAUAAUUAAUAUUAGCAAUUAGUAAUAAUAAUAUCCAAAUCUGUUUUUUUACAAGUGAAAUUAAUGUAACACAAAGUCAUGUGGUAGUUUGAGUGACGUCUAUUGUGUGUGUUGUUUCUUCUUCUCCUUCUUCAGUUGUGUUAUUCGGAGAAAGAUUCUGAAUUCGAUUCAACAAUGGACGUUGAUCCUCGCCAAUACGAAAACACUGCUAUAAAUGAAAAAGACGUCCCAAACAUUGUUAUGUCAUAUCUUAUACAUAAUUGCUACGAGGAAUCAGCAGAGUCAUUCAUUGCCAGCACUGGGUCGAAGCGGCCUACAGAUUAUUUGGAUAACAUGGAGAAAAGAAAAAAAAUCUUCCACUAUGCACUGGAGGGAAAUGCACUUAAGGCUAUUGAGCUCACUGAGCAGCUGACACCAGAUAUUCUGGAAAAGAAUAAGGAUUUGCUGUUUGAUCUUCUAAGCCUUCAUUUUGUAGAGCUUGUCCGCUCUAGGAAAUGCACAGAAGCUUUGGAGUUUGCUCAGACCAAGUUGAGCCCUUUUGGGAAGGAGGCAAAAUAUAUGGAAAAACUUGAAGAUUUUAUGGCCCUUCUUGCUUAUAAGGAACCGGAGAAAUCCCCAAUGUUUCAUUUGCUUAGCUUGGAAUACCGUCAACAGUUUGCAGACAGUUUGAAUAGAACUAUCCUUGCAUACUUUAACCUUCCCAGCUACACAGCAAUGGAGAGGCUUAUACAGCAGGCGACACUAGUUAGACAAUGCUUAAAUGAGGAGGCUGGAAAGGAGGCGCCUCAACCAUUUUCUUUGAAAGAAUUUCUUAAAAGGCGAUGAGAAUGCAUUUGCAUAUCCACCCAAAAUUGUGGAAUGAAGCACGACUACCUUAUGCAUGAUCGUCUUAUACCUUUGUUACCAAAUGUUGGAUUUGUGUAUGGUUUGAUUGUUAUAGGUGUAACGUUUUCUGAAUGCUAUUCAUGUAUAAAUUUUUUUUGUAUCAGGCUAUCUAGAUCUUUCUGGCCCUACUGCAAUGUUGUGAGGUAUAAGCGAUCCAUGAAAAUGGGGGAAAUGCAAUCGGUACACGAUGGAGAAAAUAAUUUCUACAUGGGAAUGUUGAUCUAGUGUGUGAUAUUAAGAUGUCACCCUCCCAUGUUUUUUUCCACAUUUUAGACGUGUUCAAUCCAUUUUGAGGUUUUGCAGACAAAACCAGUAAAUAUAUUUUCAUGGUAUGAAAUUUGAUGUGAAACGCAUAUGCAUAGUUUAGCUGCAUGUUUGUGAUGUAUAAAAGGAAAAGUAUGACGAGUUUAGGGUCAGUGGUUCAGUCUCCUUCUUCCAUAUUUUCUCUGUUUGAGAUAAAAACAAAAAUAGAUUAAAAAAAGUUGAUUGUAUUUGAUUGUAAAUAUUUUUUAAGCAACUGUCGAAGUAUUAGUGCUUGGGGGUGUA